UAACAAGUUGAGAGUAGAAAUCGUUGAGCUCCCACCUUUCCACUGCACGUGAUUAUACAUCAUCACAUUUCCAACAAGGAGCGACGGUGCUUGUUUAAAUGUAUCGGAGGCCAUGGUUGGUUCAGUUUUUGGAGUCUUAUAUCUAAUUUUCAUCAGCGGCAUAGCUUCCCAAGGGAGGAAGGCAAACGACCACCUCGAUGAAGAUACAGACUAUGGCCGUGUCGGCUCUGUUGUCAGUCCUCACGGAGACCUGAAGAAUGAUUUUCAAACGCUUGUUGUUGACGCUGAGUUUGGAACGACUUACAAAGAAAUCGUCGACUUGAAGUCUCAGAUAUUGUUUGUUUACAACUUCAAUGUGACUGAAGGGCUCAAUCAGACGACUGCUGUCCGUGUGUCGGUCAGCAGCAUCAACAGCACAAGCUCCUCCCCCGUGAUGGUGGUUGUACGACAGAGACAGGGGAUCAUGUCAUGGGCUGUGCCGCUCUUCAUCGACUACAUCUAUGCCUACUCCUCCGUGAGCCGCACCCUGUGCCCCAUCUUCCAUCUCUCGGGUUCAGAUACAGAGGAGGACCCUCAACAGCAAAUCUUUGUGGAAGUAUCCUCCAUGGCUGUCAACGCCACCCCCUUCACAUUUUCUGCUGAGCGUCUACCCGACUUUGAGCUGAGACAUAGUGAAAUGAAGAACACGACUGUCUCUCCCUCGGAGCCCCAGUACUUCCUGUACAAGUUUCCAGAGAAGGUCACAUCCGUUCUUAUCAAGGUCAAGUCCGACUCCAUCACCUGCAUGGUUGUCUCCAUCCAGGACGUCAGGUGUCCUGUAUACGACCUUGACCGGAAUGUGGAGUUUGCUGGCAAGUACCAGACGAUGAGCACUCAGGCGGCCAUGUUGCUUCAGGCAUCUGACUAUGAACACAAGCAGUUCUAUGUGGUACUGAUUGUGAAGCCCCUCGACCUUGACUGCCUUGGAAUUGAACAGAUACAGACUACAGGAGCCAGCACUGCUCGAGGCAAGAAUGUCACCAUCCUUGUCGAGGACACAAUACCAAAGUCGCAGUACUACAAAGGAAUCUUUGCUGCAGUUGGCUUCUUUUCCAUAUUCUAUGUGAUCGCUGGCGCCAUGUUGUGCUGCUUUCACCGAUGUGGCACCAGUAAGAGCCUUAUGGAGAUUUCGGACUCGGAGCGAGACAAACUUACAGGGUUCAUCCAACCUGGAUACCACACAACCAAUCAGAAUGCAGGGACGCCUAGCGGUAACCAUGACGAUAUCGACAGCUCUCAAUCCUUUGUGCAGAGUGGUGCCACCUAUGGGUCCAUGAGCUCAAAUUUAGCGAAGGAGUUGGAGCCCGUUGUGCCAGGGCAGGCCACGCCGCCACAAACGCCACCUGGACAUCAUCGGGCUGAUUCACUGGACGAGUCUGACGUUGACUUUCUACACGAUGCUAAUGAAGAGAAGGACAUCUUUAGGACAAAGACAGCCUUGUUUGUGUCCGACCUCGCACGGAAAAGUCGCAAGAAGUUGUCCAAGCUGUAUAAGAUCUACCACUGGAAUCUGUUCACCAUUGCUAUCUUCUAUGGACUGCCGGUAGCUCAACUGGUCAUCACAUACCAGAACGUUCUGGUUGCAACUGGGAAUGAAGACCUGUGCUACUACAACUUUGACUGCGCCCACCCCCUCGGCGUCCUCAGCUGCUUCAACAACGUCUUCAGCAACAUCGGCUAUGUCCUGCUCGGGAUACUCUUCAUCCUCCUAGUCUGGCACAGAGAUUCUUCACACAAGAGGCUGGUGAGAGAGCACGGAGAUGUGGAACAGAGGUUUGGCAUCCCACAGCACUUCGGCCUGUUCUAUGCGAUGGGUGUUGCCCUGGUGAUGGAGGGCGUGAUGAGCGCCUGCUACCACGUGUGCCCCAACUACUCCAACUUCCAGUUUGACACGUCGUUCAUGUACAUCAUAGCGUGUUUGUGUAUGCUGAAGAUCUACCAGUCCCGCCAUCCUGACAUCAACGCCAAGGCGUACCAGGCGUAUCUGUGCAUGGCACUCGUUAUCUUCAUGGCCGUAAUCGGAGUGGUAUAUGCAACUCGUCUGUUUUGGAUCAUGUAUGCCAUCGUCCAUAUGCUGGUCAGCCUACUUCUCAGUGCACAGAUCUACUACAUGGGCCGGUGGCAGAUAGAUCGGUACAUAUUCAAGCGGCUGUGGUACGUGUUUGUGACUGAUUGCCUGAAAUGUGCGCGGCCAACGUACAGGGAUCGUUUCACACUCUUGCUGAUUGGCAACGCCAUCAACUGGUCAUUUGCAAUCUACGGAGCUAUCAAGCAGCCGGCAGACUUCGCAAGCUACCUCCUUGCCAUCUUCAUCGGCAACCUCCUCCUGUACUGCCUCUUCUACAUCCUCAUGAAGCUUCUGACCGGAGAGAAGAUCAAGAUGGUGGCCAUAUUCAUAAUCCUGCUGUCGAUGGUUACGUGGGGCUCUGCACUCUAUUUCUUCUUCUCCCACCUGACAUCCUGGCACAAAACACCAGCAGGCUCGAGAGAGAGUAACCGUGACUGCAUUCUACUGGAGUUUUAUGACGCCCAUGAUGUGUGGCACUUUAUGUCUGCUGUCAGCCUCUUCCUUUCAUUCCUGAUCCUGCUGUUGCUGGACGAUGACCUGUCUCUGAAGCGAAGGGACAGAAUCCCAGUGUUUUAACAGGAAGUAAUGACAGAGUUAUCUACCCAUGGAUCUUUCAUCAACUGUAAUGUGCUUCAAGCUGAUUCCAAGAACUAUUUUCUCCUUUGUGAAAUGCUUCACCCGUAAAAACAUUGCAAAGCAGAUCCUGUGUUGAUAUUUCCAAUAUUUACUGAUAUCAAGCAAUGUUCCUGUUUACAUCAGCAUUCAAGUCUGUCUCAAAUCUUGCCCGCUACCUACUUAAUACCUCGGACAGAACAGGAAGUGAUGUCACAUCAGUUCACUGUAAAUCACCUUGGGUCAGUCCCAAAGAGUCGGGGGCACAGUCGUCUAAGGCGCCACGAUUUGCUGUGCAGAGUUAUGUCCCUUGGGCACGCCAGAAACCUAUGAUUAUGGGUUUGAAUCCCAGUUCGCCCCGAUUAUGUUUCUAGGUUUGUCAG